AUGCAAACGACUCGAAAUCUUGACAAGGAUAUAUGCUACAAGAUACGAUCAUUAUUGGAAAAAAAUAAUCAACUCGAAGAAAUCAACGAGGAAAAAAAUUUGAUGUGUUUUAAUACAAAAGAUAGCAAACUAGGGAAAGCGGCUGUAGAUAAUCUCAAGACUGCAUUUUGUAACUUAAAACCCGUAUGUAUGCCAAUUUUGGAAGUAUCCUCAGAAGAAUUUGAUGAAAUGGUUGAAACAAGUGCUAAAGAGUUGGAAGAUAACAGCAGCUAUUUCGAUCUAGUUCGUGCUUAUGGGCGUAAGAAGGGAAAUAUUUGA